AUGGACGUCGGACCGAGGCUCCUGGCCCUGGCCCUGGCCCUGGCCCUGCUGCACUCACAGGGGCUGUCGGUGGUGCCGCUGGGGGCCCUGGCUGGGCGUUGGCUGCUGGGGGACCUGGCCUGUGGCGUGUUGCUCACCAUGGCUCUCCUGGCAUGGCCCUGGCUCGGGCCCUGGCUGCCCCCCUGGCACAGCUUUGCGGUGUCGGCUUUGCUUUUUGUCCUGCUGCCGCCCAGGCCGCCCCCAGGGCUGCGCUGGCUGCUGGCCGACGUAGCCUUUGUGGUCCGGAUUGUCGUCCUGGGACUGCAGGCACAGAGGCGAAUGACGCGCCAGCCGCCGCACACCUUUGUGGAUUCCUUUGAGCAGCGUGUACGAGUACAGCCGGAUAGCGUGCCUCUGGUGUGCUCUGGGCCUACGGACCAUAAGGUCACCUACAGAGAGCUGGACGCCCAGGCGUGCCGGGCUGCAUGGGCCCUGAAGGCCAAGCUGCCUGCCGGGGAGCCAGCUGCCCUCCUGACACUGGCCUCCAAGGCUGUCCCCGCGCUGGGCGUAUGUCUGGGCCUGGCCAAACUGGGCUGCCCCACUGCCUGGCUCAAUCCUCACAGCCGUGGAGCACCUCUGGUCCAUGCGGUGCUGACCUCUGGAGCACAGGUGCUGGUGGUAGACCCAGACCUCCGGGACAGUCUGGAAGAGAUCCUCCCUAAGCUGCAAGCAGAGAAUAUCCACUGCUUCUACCUCAGCAACUCGUCCCCAACACAACAUGUGGGGGCUCUGGGGGCGAUGAUGGACGCUGCCCCCUCGGACCCUGUGCCUGCCCACCUGCGGGCAGGGGUCACGCCCAGAAGCCCUGCUCUGUACAUUUAUACAUCAGGAACCACCGGACUCCCCAAACCCGUCAUCCUCACGCAUCAGCGGCUGCUACAGCUGUUUAGUAUGCUGCCCAUGUGUGGGAUCACAGCCAGCGACGUCAUCUACGUGACCCUGCCUCUGUACCAUGUGAUGGGGCUCAUCCUGGGAAUCUUUGCUUGUCUGGACCUCGGAGCCACCUGCAUCCUGGCACCUAAGUUCUCUGUCUCCUGCUUCUGGGAUGACUGUCGGAAACAUCGUGUGUCUGUGAUCCUAUACGUGGGUGAACUACUGCGGUACCUGUGUAAUGCACCUCAGCGGCCAGAUGACCGUGAACACAAUGUCCGUGUGGCAGUGGGCAUUGGACUCCGGAAAGAAGUGUGGGAGACUUUCCAGCAGCGCUUUGGGCCUAUUCGGAUCUGGGAAUGCUACGGUUCCACGGAGGGUAACUGCGGCUUCGUCAACUAUGUGGGGCGCUGCGGGGCCAUGGGCAAGAUGAGCUUCCUCCUUCGAUUGCUGACCCCUUUUGAGCUUCUUCGGUUCGACACAGAAGCUGUGGAGCCUGUGAGGGACGAUCGAGGCCUCUGCAUCCCUGUGGAGCCAGGGGAGGCGGGGCUCCUGGUGACUCGGGUGACAAAACUGACACCCUUUACGGGCUACCGCGGCCCCCGGGAGCAGACGGAACGGAAGUUAGUGCGGGACGUGAAGCGCCGGGGGGAUGUUUACUACAACACCGGAGACGUGCUGGCCCUGGACCGCGAAGGCUUCCUCUACUUCCGCGACCGCCUCGGAGACACCUUCCGAUGGAAGGGGGAGAACGUGUCCACGCGAGAAGUGGAGAGUGUGUUGUCCCUCGUGGACUUCCUGCAGGACGUGAAUGUCUACGGCGUGUCGGUGCCAGGGUGUGAGGGCAAGGUGGGCAUGGCUGCGCUGCAGCUGGCCCCCGGCCGAACGUUCGACGGGCAGCAGCUGUACCAGUACGUCCGUGCUUGGCUCCCUGCCUUCGCCGCCCCUCAUUUCAUCCGCAUCCAGGAUGCCCUGGAGACGACAGGUACCUUCAAGUUGGUGAAGUCUCGACUGGUGCGUGAAGGCUUCAAUGUCAGCAUCAUCACAGAUCCUCUGUUCAUAAUGGACCACCAGACCCAAGCCUUCAGACCCCUCACACCAGACAUAUAUGAAGCUGUGUGCAGUGGAACCUGGAGGCUCUGA